AUGUCCCCCGCCAGUUUGCUGACUCGGUGGCUCUGUUACUUCUUCCUCUCUUACCUUUGCCUUUACUACUUGUCUACGUUCUUGCGCAGCUUGCUCAGUUCCGACAGAGAAAAGCAAAAGGUGACGGUGCGCAUCCGAAGAAAACGACGGCGAAGAGGAAGAGCACGGCUGUCUCUGCGCCUGUGCCGGAGGAGGAGGCGAGCGCGGUAGCAGGGGCUGGGGGGCUGCCUGCCCAGAGGCCAGGAGCAGCGCAGGAGCUUGACCAGGAAGAGGAGCUUGAGGCCACACUGCCGAGGGGCAGAGGAGAAGAUGAGGGUGGCGAGCAGGAGGAGCUGGUGGGCUCGGAGCUGCUGCAGACCCAG